CGGAAGAUGUGGGGGGUCAUGGGGAGGCGAGGGAGAGGGAGGGGGCGGAGAGGGGGAAGGAAAGGGGGAGGCGAGGGAGAGGAGAGGGAGAGGAGAGGGAGAGGAGAGGGAGAGGAGAGGGAGAGGAGAGGGCACGUGGGGCGUGGGGGGGGAAGUAGAAUAGAGGGCAAGAGGGGAAAAGAGGGAGCAAGAGGGGAGAAGAGAGGGAGCAAGAGGGAAAGAGGGAGAAGAGGGGAAAGAGGGGAAGGGGGAGGGGGAAGAGGGAGCAAGAGGGAAAAGAGGGAGCAAGAGGGGAAAAGAGGGAGCAAGAGGGGAAAAGAGGGGCAAGAGGGAAAGAGGGAGCAAAGGGGAAAAGAGGGGCAAGAGGGGAAAAGAGGGGCAAGAGGGGAAAGAGGGGCAAGAGGGGAAAAGAGGGGGCAAGAGGGGAAAAGAGGGAGCAAGAGGGGAAAAGAGGGAGCAAGAGGGGAAAAGAGGGGGCAAGAGGGGAAAAGAGGGCAGAGGGAAGAGGGGGCAAGAGGGAAAAGGGGGCAAGGGGAAAAGAGGGGCAAGAGGGAAAGAGGGGAAGAGGGGAAAAGGGGGCGGGGAAGGGGCGGGGGAGGGGGAGGGGGGGGGGGAGGGGGGGGGGAGGGGAAAGAGGGGGCAAGAGGGGAAAGAGGGGCAAGAGGGGAAAAGAGGGAGCAGAGGGGAAAAGAGGGGCAAGGGGAGAGGGGGCAGAGGGGGAAAGAGGGGAAAAAGGGGCAAGAGGGAAAAGAGGGGGCAAGAGGGGAAAAGAGGGAGCAAGAGGGGAAAAGAGGGAGCAAGAGGGGAAAGAAGAGGGGCAAGAGGGGGAAAAGAGGGAGCAGAAAAGAGGGAGAAGAGGAAAAGAGGGGCAAGAGGGGAAAGGGGAGCAAGAGGGAAAAGAGGGGCAGAGGGGAAAAGAGGAGCAAGGAGGGGAAAAGAGGGGCAAGAGGGGAAAAGAGGGAGCAAGAGGGGAAAAGAGGAGCAAGAGGGAAAAGAGGGAGCAAAGGGGAAAAGAGGGAGCAAGAGGGGAAAGAGGGAGCAAGAGGGGAAAAGAGGGAGCAAGAGGGGAAAGAGGGGGCAAGAGGGGAAAAGAGGAGCAAGAGGGGAAAGAGGGGGCAAGAGGGGAAAGAGGGAGCAAGAGGGGAAAAGAGGGAGCAAGAGGGGAAAAGAGGGAGCAAGAGGGGAAAAGAGGGAGCAAGAGGGGAAAAGAGGAGCAGGGGAAAAGAGGGGCAAGAGGGGAAAAGAGGGAGCAAGAGGGGAAAAGGGGGCAGAGGGGAAAAGAGGGAGCAAGAGGGGAAAAGGGAGCAAGAGGGGAAAAGAGGGGGCAAGAGGGGAAAAGAGGGAGCAAGAGGGAAAAGAGGGGCAAGAGGGGAAAAGAGGGGCAAGAGGGGAAAGAGGGGCAAGAGGGGAAAAGAGGGGCAAGAGGGGAAAAGAGGAGCAAGGGGGAAAAGAGGGCAAGAGGGGAAAAGGGGGGCAAGAGGGGGAACAAGAGGGGAGCACAGAGGGGAAAAAGAGGGAGCAAGAGGGGAAAAGAGGGAGCAAGAGGGGGAAAAGAGGGAGCAAGAGGGGAAGAAGAGGGGAGCAAGAGGGAAAAGAGGGGGCAAGAGGGGAAAAGAGGGGGCAAGAGGGGAAAAGGAGGAGGGCAAGAGGGAAAAGAGGGAGCAAGAGGGGAAAAGAGGGAGCAAGAGGGGAAAGAGGGAGCAAGAGGGGAAAGAGGGGGCAAGAGGGGAAAAGAGGGAGCAAGAGGGGAAAAGAGGGGCAAGAGGGGAAAAGAGGGGCAAGGGGGAAAAGAGGAGCAGAGGGAAAGAGGGGCAGGGGGAAAGAGGGGGCAAGAGGGAAAAGAGGGGGCAAGAGGGAAAAGAGGGGGCAAGAGGGGGAAAGAGGGGGCAAGAGGGGAAAGAGGGGCAAGAGGGGGAAAAGAGGGGCAAGAGGGGAAAAGAGGGGGGCAAGAGGGAAAAGAGGGGCAGAGGGGAAAAGAGGGAGCAAGAGGGGGAAAGAGGGGAGCAAGAGGGGAAAAGAGGGAGCAAGAGGGGAAAAGAGGGGAGGCAAGAGGGGAAAAGAGGGAGCAAGAGGGGAAAAGAGGGAGCAAGAGGGGGAAAAUGGGAAAAGAGGGGCAAGAGGGGAAAAGAGGGAGCAAGAGGGGAAAAGAGGGAGCAAGAGGGGAAAAGAGGGGGCAAGAGGGGAAAAGAGGGAGCAAGAGGGGAAAAGAGGGAGCAAGAGGGGAAAAGAGGGGCAAGAGGGGAAAAGAGGGGCAAGAGGGGAAAAGAGGGGCAAGAGGGGAAAAGAGGGAGCAAGAGGGGAAAAGAGGGGGCAAGAGGGGAAAAGAGGGGGCAAGAGGGGAAAAGAGGGGCAAGAGGGGAAAAGAGGGGCAAGAGGGGAAAAGAGGGGCAAGAGGGGAAAGAGGAGCAAGAGGGGAAAAGAGGGGCAAGAGGGGAAAAGAGGGGGCAAGAGGGGAAAAGAGGGAGCAAGAGGGGAAAAGAGGGGCAAGAGGGAAAAGGGGCAAGAGGGGAAAGAGGGGGCAAGAGGGGAAAAGAGGAGCAAGAGGGAAAAGGGGGCAAGAGGGGAAAAGGGGGGCAAGAGGGGAAAAGAGGGGGCAAGAGGGAAAAGAGGGGCAAGAGGGGAAAAGAGGGGGCAAGAGGGGAAAAGAGGGAGCAAGAGGGGAAAAGAGGGGCAAGAGGGGAAAAGAGGGGCAAGAGGGGAAAAGAGGGGCAAGAGGGAAAAGAGGGAGCAAGAGGGGAAAAGAGGGGCAAGAGGGGAAAAGAGGGCAAGAGGGGAAAAAGAGGGGAGCAAGAGGGGAAAGAGGGAGCAAGAGGGAAAAGAGGCAAGAGGGGAAAAGAGAGGGACAAGAGCGGAAAAGAGGGAGCAAGAGGGAAAAGAGGAGCAAGAGGGGAAAAGAGGAGCAAGAGGGAAAAGAGGGGCAAGAGGGGAAAAGAGGGGCAAGAGGGGAAAAGAGGGGCAAGAGGGGAAAAGAGGGGGCAAGAGGGAAGAGAGGGCAAGAGGGAAAAGAGGGGCAAGAGGGGAAAAGAGGGGCAAGAGGGGAAAAGAGGGAGCAAGAGGGAAAAGAGGGAGCAAGAGGGGAAAAGAGGGGCAAGAGGGGAAAAGAGGGGCAAGAGGGGAAAAGAGGGGCAAGAGGGGAAAAGAGGGGCAAGAGGGGAAAGAGGGAGAGAGGGGAAAAGAGGGAGCAAGAGGGGAAAAGAGGGGGCAAGAGGGGAAAGAGGGAGCAAGAGGGGAAAAGAGGGGCAAGAGGGGAAAAGAGGGGCAAGAGGGGAAAAGAGGGGCAAGAGGGGAAAAGAGGGGCAAGAGGGGAAAAGAGGGGGCAAGAGGGAAAAGAGGGGCAAGAGGGGAAAAGAGGGGCAAGAGGGGAAAAGAGGGAGCAAGAGGGGAAAAGAGGGAGCAAGAGGGGAAAAGAGGGGGCAAGAGGGGAAAAGAGGGGCAAGAGGGGAAAAGAGGGGCAAGAGGGGAAAAGAGGGGGCAAGAGGGGAAAAGAGGGAGCAAGAGGGGAAAAGAGGGAGCAAGAGGGGAAAAGAGGGGGCAAGAGGGGAAAAGGGGGCAAGAGGGGAAAAGAGGGAGCAAGAGGGGAAAAGAGGGGCAAGAGGGGAAAAGAGGGGAAGAGGGGAAAAGGGGGCAAGAGGGGAAAGAGGGGCAAGAGGGGAAAAGAGGGGCAAGAGGGGAAAAGAGGGGCAAGAGGGGAAAGAGGGAGCAAGAGGGGAAAAGAGGGGCAAGAGGGGAAAAGAGGGAGCAAGAGGGGAAAAGGGGGCAAGAGGGGAAAAGAGGGGAAGGGGAAAAGAGGGGCAAGAGGGAAAAGAGGGGGCAAGAGGGGAAAAGAGGGCAAGAGGGAAAAGAGGGGCAAGAGGGGAAAGAGGGAGCAAGAGGGGAAAAGAGGGGCAAGAGGGGAAGAGGGAGCAAGAGGGGAAAGAGGGAGCAAGAGGGGAAAAGAGGGGCAAGGGGAAAAGAGGGAGCAAGAGGGGAAAAGAGGGGCAAGAGGGGAAAAGAGGGGCAAGAGGGGAAAAGAGGGCAAGAGGGGAAAAGAGGAGCAAGAGGGGAAAAGAGGGGCAAGAGGGGAAAAGAGGGGCAAGAGGGGAAAGAAAGGGCAAGGGGAAAAGAGGGGCAAGAGGGGAAAAGAGGGCAAGAGGGGAAAAGAGGGAGCAAGAGGGGAAAAGAGGGGGCAAGAGGGGAAAAGAGGGGCAAGAGGGAAAAGAGGGGCAAGAGGGGAAAAGAGGGGGCAAGAGGGGAAAAGAGGGGCAAGAGGGGAAAAGAGGGGGCAAGAGGGAAAAGAGGGGGCAAGAGGGGAAAAGAGGGGCAAGAGGGGAAAAGAGGGGCAAGAGGGGAAAGAAGCAAGAGGGGAAAAGAGGGGCAAGAGGGGAAAAGAGGGGCAAGAGGGGAAAAGGGGGCAAGAGGGAAAAGAGGGCAAGAGGGAAAAGGGGGCAAGAGGGGAAAAGAGGGGCAAGAGGGGAAAAGGGGGCAAGAGGGGAAAGAGGGAGCAAGAGGGGAAAAGAGGGGCAAGAGGGGAAAAGAGGGGCAAGAGGGGAAAAGAGGGGCAGGGGAAAAGAGGGCAAGAGGGGAAAAAGAAGAGGAAAAGAGGGGCAAGAGGGGAAAGAGGGAGCAAGAGGGGAAAAGAGGGAGCAAGAGGGGAAAAGAGGGGCAAGAGGGGGAAAAGAAGGGGAGCAAGAGGGAAAGGGGAAGAAAAAGAGGGGAGCAAGAGGGGAAAAGAGGGGGCAAGAGGGGGAAAAAGAGGGGCAAGAGGGGAAAAGAGGGGGCAAGAGGGGGAAGAAAAGAGGGGGAGAGAAAGAGGGGGCAAGAGGGGAAAAGAGGCAAGAGGGGAAAAGAGGAGCAGAGGGGAAAGAGGGGCAAGAGGGGAAAAGAGGGGGCAAGAGGGGGAAAAGAGGGGCAAGAGGGAAAAGAGGGGGCAAGAGGGGAAAAGAGGGGCAAGAGGGAAAAGAGGGGCAAGAGGGGGAAAGAGGGGGCAGAGGGGAAAAGAGGGGGCAAGAGGGGAAAAGAGGGGGCAAGAGGGGAAAAGAGGGGCAAGAGGGAAAAGAGGGGGCAAGAGGGAAAAGAGGGGGCAGGGAAAUGAAAUGGGCGAAGGGAAAAAUCCAAGAAUCCGCCGUGCACCUGAAAGGGAAGGAAGAAUUGGAGAUAGACGGGGAGAAAGAAGGGGAGAAAGAAGGGGAGAAAGAAUGGGAGAAAGAAGGGGAGAGAGAAGGGGAGAGAGAAGGGGAGAAAGAAGGGGAGAAAGAAGGGGAGAAAGAAGGGGAGAGACAAGGGGAGAAAGAAAGGGAGAAAGAAGGGGAGAAAGAAGGGGAGAAAGAAGGGGAGAGAAAAGGGGAGAAAGAAGGGGAGAAAGAAGGGGAGAAAGAAGGGGAGAGAAAAGGGGAGAAAGAAGGGGAGAAAGAAGGGGAGAAAAAGGGCACGGGGAGAGAAAAGGGGAGUCAAGGAUAGCGUUUCGCAGAAAAAGGGGCUAGGCGUGA